GGGGAUUUUAAUUAAACUACAAAUAUGAAGAAAUUAAAGCUGAAAGAACUGGAGAGCUGUCUUCAACAAGUUGACACUUUUGAAAGCCCAAAACUGCUCCUUGAACAGUAUCCAACGAGACCUCAUGUCGCAGCAUGUAUGCUUUAUACAAUUCACAAUACUUUUGAUGAUAUUGAAAACAAAACAAUUGCAGAUUUAGGAUGUGGUUGUGGCAUCCUCAGCAUUGGAAGUGCAAUGUUAGGAGCAGGAUUGUGUGUGGGCUUUGACAUAGAUGCAGAUGCACUGGAAAUAUUUAAUAGCAAUAUUGAAGAGUUUGAGCUCACAAACGUCAACAUGGUUCAGUGUGAUGUCUGCUCUUUAUCUGACAGCAUGUCAGAGACUUUUGACACAGUUAUUAUGAACCCUCCCUUUGGUACCAAGCAUAAUAAAGGAAUGGAUAUAAUUUUUCUGAAAACUGCUUUACAAAUGGCAAAAACAGCUGUAUAUUCCCUUCACAAGACUUCAACGCGGCAGCACAUUCAAAAGAAAGCAGAUGAAUGGGAAGUGAAGAUGGAAGUCAUAGCAGAACUUAGAUAUGACCUACCAGCAUCAUACAAGUUCCAUAAGAAGAAAUCAGUUGACAUUGAAGUGGAUUUCAUUAGAUUUUCUGCCAAGAAACUCCCGACCUGAAGCAUGUCUUUAAAACCUAUUGAAAAUGGAACAAUAAAAACAGUGAUUUUUUUAUAUU